GGAGGGAGAGAGAGAGAGAGAGAGAGAGGGGGAGAAGGAGAAGACGUUGCACUUUAAAUAAAAGCGAGGUCAUGGCGAGCGAUAACAAGAGGCAGUUCUGGAAGAGGAAUACCAAGGUUCCCGGAAGUAUACAGCAAGUAUAUGGAGCACAACAUCCCCCAAUUGAUCCUCGGCUACAUAAAAACUUGAUUAAAGAAGGUUCUAAAAUGUACGCUCAAUCAAAGUCGAAGAGAGCCUCGAGCUUCCAUGAGUUUGCAAAAAGCACCAAUGAUGCUUGGGACAUCGGGGACGAUGAGGAAGAGGAGUUUAUGUCCUUUGCUUCCCAAAGCCUUAACUCAAAGGUUGCGAUGGCAACAGCUGCUCAGGUUAUCCAGAACCAUAGUAAAUCAAAGGAACAUCACGGAGAAAAAACACAGCCAUUACAGUCAACUGAUGAGAAUAAAAGUAACGGCAAGGUGAUCAAAUCAAAUAGUGAAGCACAACUGUCAAAGUCUACCAGUGGCUCUUCAGGCAGGAAUACACUCCAGAAACAGCAGUCACUCCCGUUGCGACCUGUUAUUCCAUUGGUGGCAAGGAUGUCGGAUCAGAAUGCCUCAGGGCUGCCGCCGAUGACAGUGAGAGAAAAAACACGCUUAGAAAAAUUCAAGCAGCUUCUGACAAGUCAACAUACAGAUUUGGAAGAACUAAGAAAGUACAGCUGGUCGGGUAUUCCAAGAGAGGUUCGUCCUGUUACAUGGAGACUUUUAUCGGGUUAUCUACCUGCAAAUAUGGAGCGAAGGGAAACCACUCUACAACGAAAGCGAGAAGAGUACUAUGGGUUCAUUAAACAAUAUUAUGACUCCAGAAACGAAGAACAUCACCAGGAUACCUACCGACAAAUUCAUAUUGACAUUCCAAGAACAAACCCUCUCAUUCCUCUCUUUCAACAACCUUCUGUUCAAGAGAUAUUUGAACGGAUUUUGUUCAUAUGGGCCAUUCGUCAUCCAGCUAGCGGUUAUGUUCAAGGCAUUAAUGACCUGGUCACUCCUUUUUUUGUUGUCUUCCUCUCAGAACAUGUGGAGGAAGAUGUGGAAAACUUUGAUGUCACGACUUUAUCUGAAGAGGUGCAACGGAACAUUGAAGCUGAUAGCUUCUGGUGUAUGAGCAAGCUACUGGAUGGGAUACAGGACAAUUACACGUUUGCACAACCUGGAAUUCAGAAGAAAGUGAAAGCACUUGAGGAGCUUGUCAGUCGAAUUGAUGAACAAGUGCACUGUCAUUUCCGCAAGUAUGAAGUGGAGUAUCUGCAAUUUGCAUUCCGCUGGAUGAAUAACCUGCUAAUGCGGGAGCUACCUCUGCGAUGUACCAUCCGGCUUUGGGAUACAUACCAGGCAGAGCCAGAGGGAUUUUCUCAUUUCCACUUGUAUGUCUGCGCUGCAUUCCUCAUCAAAUGGAGAAAGGAAAUCUUGGACGAAGAAGAUUUUCAAGGUCUUCUGAUGUUAUUGCAGAAUUUACCGACAAUCCACUGGGGCAAUGAAGAGGUUGGCCUCCUGCUAGCAGAAGCCUACAGGCUUAAGUACAUGUUUGCAGAUGCACCCAAUCACUACAGGCGAUAAGUGAUUAGGAAAAUAGAUCAACAGCAAAAUUUAAACCCCUCGUUGUCUGUCUGGUCAGAUGGACCUCAACUGCAUCCACAGAGACAGCAAAUAUUUCAACUACCGUGGAAGUGGUGGCCAAUUACUUGAAGCUUUUCUUAAGCUAUUACUGUAAUAUAUGUAAUCUGAGGGAGACUGUGAUCUGCCUCUGUCUGCUCUUAAGAGACUUACUAAAUCUUUGACACUGGGUUAUACAUAAUUCUCAUUAGUAAAGGAUAUAAAAGACAUUAUAUACUGUGUUUCUGUAUAUGAGUUACAAUGUAUGUGUCCUUAAUUUGUACUGUGAGCAUCUAUUUAUAAAGUUGGCUUUUGAACUUGGGUUUUGUGUGUAGAAAGGAGACUGGUUAAACUUUUCAAGCAUUCUUAAGCAUAACUGGCAUCCAAAUUCCUUGUGCGAAAUAAUCUUCACAAUAUUUUUAAUUGUGACAAUAGCAAAAAAAACAUUAGUUCCCCUCUGAUUUUAUUUUCAAUUGUGCAUUAUUUGUAAACUGUCCCGUGUUCCAGUGAGGUGCAGUUCUUCUAAAAAAAAUGCAUUUAAUCUAUAAUAAUCAUUUUUAUAAGCAAUAAAAUGAUUCUUGCUUCAAUGUAAAAUUUGAUGAAUUUAAAAGAAGCUAAUUAUCUUUGUAAUUUUUUUAAAGAUUAACAUGAUCUGUUUAUUAUGACCACUGUAAUACUGUGUUUAACAAAAGGCUAACCCUAUUGCCAAUACUGAAAAGCUAUAGAGUUACACAACUGUGCUGAAGCCAUUCAAAGUUAAAAUAUGUUUCUCAGGUAUUUCCUUUUAAUUUGUGUGCCUUUUAACCUAUCCUAUUUGUGUAAAACUAGGAAAUGCAAUAUUUAUCUUUUAAAUUGCUUUAAAAGAAUUUGAUGGUGUUCCCUGUAACUCUUAGUAAAUCUCUGUUGCCUGUUUGAAGAGGUCAUGGGUACAGUUUACAAUGUUAUACAAACAUUUCAUGUAACUAAAAUAUAUUUUUAAAUACAUAUGAGUCCUAUGUAUUUAUGUAUGUACAUAUAACCUGAGAAACAGAUUUUUCUAUCAAUGGCCAACGAAUAAGGAUGGGAUGCAGCCUUGUUUCUCUGAAUUUCUUUACCACAACACCUUAUGCUUUACCUUCUUGAUUUCAGGCUCUGAUUUUGCAGAAGUAGUGCAGAAAGGUUCUGAUUUAAGUUGCCUGUGAGGUAAGUUUAGAGUUGCCCUUGUAACCAGCAUCUCAAGCAACUUAUUGGACGUAGUUUGGCUUUUAAGCACUCCCUGUGAGUUUAGCAUGCUCGGUGCUUGGGAGCAAUUUUAAAUAUUGGCAAGGUUCCCAAUUGAUGGAUGCCAGCCUUCGUUACUCUCUGUUAUGGUGGAGAACAGAAGAGAGAAAAUAGCUAGAGUUUUCAAUGACUCGAAUACCAUUGUCAGUCACACUCCCCCAAUAGGAGGUUCCGGAGGGUAAAAUUGGCUGUGUCAUUGCUCUCACAGCCAAGCUGAGAUGCCAUUUGCCUCAACGUAUCCAGAUCUAGUGGCUUAGCCAAGAAAUUGUCACAAGAGGCACAUAGUGAGGGCUAAGCAACCCAAGAUCUUGAUCCAGCAAUGCCUAGGCGGCGAGUCCCUUUGAUGUUACUCCUGGGGCCAGAGUUAGUACAAAACUU